UCAUGAUUUUGAAACGUAUGAAAAUAAAAUUUGUUUGAUUAUUUUUCUAUUUGUAGUUCAAUUUUUGAAAAACUUUGGCAUUAUAUUCAAGGUAAUGAAUAGUUAUGAUUUAAAUUUUAAUAGUUAGAUUGAUAUAAAAUGUAUUUUGCAUAAUCGAUUGAAUAGUGUAAGAUUGUUUUGCUUGUACUAGUGUAAACCAAUCCUAUUAUAAGAGUCUCUCUUUUAAGCCGCUCAAAUUUUUAUUAAAUAUUUCUAUUUUUUCCUUUCAAUUUCGGUACUAUAAGUAUCUUUUAUGCUUAUGAAAUGUUUGUUGUUUAUAUAUCAAUGACUCUCCUUUACCUUUUUAUUAUUAGAAGCUGGUGGUUAAUAGCGCAACAAACCCUUUUCUGUUCUUUAGGAAAACGUAAAUAUUCUACUUGGUGUCUAUUCAUAGGUUCUCUGUAGUGUAACUAAUGUUCAGCUGCUCAAGUUCCACCCCUUCCCUUUUUUAUUGCAAGUCUAUUUUUUAUGUUUGAGAAAUUGUUCAUUCAGUAUGAAUUUCCUUUACCUUUAUAAUAUAGAAGCUGCAGAUUUGUUGCAGAAUUUUUCCUUGGAUUCCGAGUCCAAGACUGUUCGAGUUCCUGAGCCUGUAAAGAAGAAUGGACAUGGUCCAGCAAAUUGGGUGAACAAGCCAUUUAAUCCUAAUGUGUGCUUCAUUCCAAAUGGAUACCCUUCUACUGCAUACUAUUAUGGAGGUGAGGUUAUGAUAUGCAAGGUGAUUGGAAUAUUUAUUCCACUAUGAACCUUAAUGGAGGGAUGACACAAGGUGUUUUGGGAGACAGCUGCUCUUAUAUGUACCACCAAGGAUAUGGUUAUACACCAUAUGGACCAUCUGCACAGCAUGAUGAUAAACCCUACGGGCUGCAACAGUACCUGUACCCUAGUUCUUAUUACCAAUCCCCAGCUUCUACUGAUGGGUUAUUUGCUGCUAACAAAAUCAAUGCUCAACAAGGGAAAAUAUCAACUGCAGUCAGUGCUGAUCAUAUCCCUUCAUUAACUGUUAUUAAUAAAGGAAGCACCAAUGGUGUGGUUAAUGAAGAUUCUACAAACCACAAUGGGUCAAAGAAAUUUUUAUUAAGUUCCCAGCACUUGUUGAAUUCAAACGAUACAUAUCAAAGGGUUGGUUUUCCUGUAUAUGCUCCUUUGUCAGGAUAUCAAGAUCCAAGAGUAGGUCCUCAUGGGACUCAACCAACAUUACCUUCAAAUCCCUUAUUAUUUUCUGAUAAGCAGUCCAAUCAUGGAGCAAAAAUUGGAUUAUCUUCACCAGCUGUGCCUGAAAAUGACUUUUCCUCUCAAAGGAAUGCAACUAUUCCUCAGCUAUUUCCACAAUCCAUGGUAUAUUUGAACUUGCAUAGUUCCUUACAUUCAUCUGGAUUUAUUAAUGGGAUGUACCCAAGCAACACAAUGCACAGCCAAUUUGGAAACGCAUACAGAGCUAGUUCUCAUUUUGAACCUGCUCCAUAUGGAUGUAGAAUAGGUUCUGUUAAUAACAAGCUUAAAGCCACAAGUGACAGCCGUGUUGUUGAUCAUGUCAAAAAAAAUAUGGAAGGCUUUGAUGAGCUGAAUAAGGGACCAAGAGCUGGCAAUAGUUCUGAUGAUAAAAGUGUCUUACUCAAGGAACAGAAUCUUCCAACCGAGAGUGAAAAUAAAGUACCUCUGGUUCCCAUUACAGAACAGUACAAUGGGCAAGGUUUUUCUGAGAAUUAUUCUGAUGCAAAAAUUUUCAUCAUCAAAUCUUAUAGUGAGGAUGACAUUCAUAAAAGCAUAAAAUAUUGUGUUUGGGCAAGCACCCUUAAUGGCAACAAAAAGCUGGAUGCAGCAUAUCAGGAAGCCAAAGAGAAGCCUGGUGACUGUCCUGUAUUUUUGCUAUUUUCGGUCAAUACUAGUGGGCAAUUUGUUGGUUUAGCCGAGAUGGUGAGCCCAGUAGAUUUUGGUAGAACAGUAGAGUAUUGGCAGCAGGACAGGUGGACUGGUUGCUUUUCUGUGAAGUGGCAUAUCAUAAAAGACAUUCCAAACAGUGUGUUGAGGCACAUAACUCUAGAAAACAAUGAAAACAAACCUGUUACAAACAGUAGGGACACUCAGGAGGUUAAGUUUGAGAAGGGUAUUCAAAUACUCAAAAUUUUCAAGGAGCAUUCAAGCAAAACCUGCAUCCUGGAUGAUUUUGGGUUUUAUGAGGCUCGUGAAAAGAUGAUUCAGGAAAGAAAAUCCAAGGAACACCAGUUCUCAAAACAAGUUAGCCAUUCCAAUGAUUUAACAACAAAUGGAACAUUGAUUAAUGAAACAGCUACUACAGAUGCAGCUGGAGAAAGGGAGAAGCUAGUAGAAGUGAAUGGAUCAACUCCAGCAUCUGAAGACUUUCCUAAAAGCUGCUAAACCAGUGACGGUGCAUGGUUAAAGUGUGGUUUCCAGUAUCCCCCCCUUUCCCCCACUUUUUAAUUAUUUUUCUUGCAUUCCUUGAGUAUGUAGUAAGUUUUGGUGUUUUCCUAUUCCAAGUAAAUCAGUUUAGCUUUUUCUUAGUUAUUCAAAUAACAUAGUGCUAUUGAUAUUUUAAUAGAUAUAAGUAAUGUAGGAAAAUAGUAGUUGAUGCAGAUAUCAUGGAUGUAGCCAUAUUGCAUGCCUUUUUUUAUUUUGAAGAAACGUAAGUCAUAAGGUGAAAAAUUAUCUAUAUUAGACAUGUUUUUGCUCCUUGAUUCCUUGUUAUCUUUAUACAAAGCUAAACCGGAGACAAAGCCGAUAAAGUAAACGGAAAUGGCUAUUUUUACAGGUGUAUCAUGAUUCAGAUAUAUGGAUUCAUCUUGCUAUGUAACCUAUGUUUAUAACAAUUGAAUGACUUGAUUCACAUUUUUCCUUUUUUCCGUCUUUUAGAACUUUGGCUUUCUUUCAUAGGGAAAAGGGACGAUGGGUUAAUCUUUCUAGUUGUUAAUCUCAGCCAUAUCUCUGAAUAUUAGUUAUAAAGGAUAAAAUCUCUCUUAAUCACACAAUGAUCGGGACCAACGAUCUUCUCAAUUGUUUGAUGCUCAAGCAUCCUACUACUAUAAGGAGCAUUUAGCUGCCACUCUUGUAGCCACUUGCAACCUCCACCCUAGACCAGAUACCCUCAAACCUCGAAUAUUGGAUAGAAGAACAUUAAUGAUAUUCAAACCUUUAAUCUUGAACUGUUACAUUAAUGCUAUUUGAAAAAUCAUACGCCUGAAUCAUUUACUUAUCGGUAGAUUUUUGGUUAUUCUCUGGUAUGAAAAUAAGGUCAUAGGUUCAAAUAUUCGUCAUCAUCAUUGUAAAACAAGGGGAUUAAAACAUUAAACUACAAUAUUAGUUGACCCUCUAUCAAAACCUUUAAUUAUAUUUGGAUGUUUUAAUGAUUGUUUCGCUAUUCAUGUUUAAAUUUUAAAUUUAAUUUAGUUCAAUAUAAAAUACAUUGCUUCAAAGCUCAAUCAAUAAUUAAUAUUAUCCACUGUGAAUACCAAUUUAAAAAAAAAUUAAAGUUCUAGUUUUUUUUUAUUGUUAUAUUACAAAAGCAUAAAAGAAACAAUUUUGUUUUAAGAAUAACAAAAUUGGUCUUAAUAAAUGCAAUAAAAUCAUAUUUGACUUUUCAAAAUGAAAAUAAAAUAUUGCAAGAAAAAUAAAUAAAAUAAUAAUAAUACUCACUUUAUUCAUAAGAAAGGAAGUACUUCAAAAAUUUUGUUUGUUUCUAGAUGGGGGAGGAGCAUACA